ACUGGCGCACAAGAUCAGUUGGCUAAGAGAGUUUGCAGCAGCAUCACGAGAGAGAUAGUGAGAAAAAGGACCGACCACAAGGAUCAGGCAUAUGGACAUAAUGGAUUCCCGCCUGGGUCUGCUUAUAGCCCUGCUGUUGGCCACUUUCCAUGCCCACCGAACCAGCUGGGCGCUUGAGCUUAAUACCCCUUCCAACAACUCCACGGGCAGUGGGGAGAGCGGACUUAUGCGGACGGUGCGCCAUGUGUACGGCCAGUGCGCCGAAAGCGAGGAUAUUUUUUGGUGCUGCAAAGUGCAGGGCGCCCGACUGCUGGGGCGCGCCCUCAAGGUGCAGCAGCUCAGCAUUGUGGAUGGCGUUAACCUGGUGAGGCGGGAGAGUGCGGCCCAAGACACGCGCACCGCCCGUGCCAGCAUUGCCGAGAGCCAGUUGAACAAUCGAGAUCUGGAGCAUAUGUCCAGCAAGAGCUUGGACGCCCUGCUGCUGGAGCGCUUCCUUGGUUUCGUGCACAGCCACCAGCUGCAGGUAAACCUGCCGCGUCUGCUGCACUACGGGGAGCGGAACCGGAACAGCCAGGACUGGCUGCAGUACCUCAUGAGCUACUUCCUGUCCGGCAACGAAAGCGAAAGCGAGGGACGAGACAAAAAGAAGGAUGACAAAAAGUAUCUGGGACCCUUCAUCGCCGCCGUUCUGCUGAAGACGGCCAUUCUGAAGAUGGCUUAUCACUCGAUCGCCAUUGUGGCUGGCAAGGCUCUGAUUGUGGGCAAAAUAGCGCUCAUCAUCAGCGCCAUCAUCGGACUUAAGAAGCUUGUUGGCCACGACGGGGGCGAGAAGACCACCUACGAAAUCGUGAAGCACCCGCAAGUCCAGCAGAGCCACACUUAUUCAUCCAGCCAUCAGGGCGAGUACGACUCCGGCGGCCAUGAUUCCGGCGGCGGAUCCUACCAUCGCAGCAUCGACGACGAGAUGAUGAUGCAGGACAAAGCCUACCAAGCCUGGUUGCCACAGGCCCAAGCCGGCUCUCCAGCUUCUGCUUCGACAAAGGUGUCGCGAUAAGAUCCUACCUACCGUUCA